GAAGCCGCGUCGUCCCGCUCCUCCGGCUCGGAGGCAGGAUACCCGUCUUCUGAACCCUCGGACUCGGAGGGCAGCGUGUCGUCACAGGCGAGCAACAAAACGGUCAAAGAAUCCGAUCGGUUAAAGCGGCUCAGCCAGGACUUGGAGUUGCAGCGGCAGGUGCGGGGUAGUACUCACAUAGCGCCGCGGGGAUCUGCGCCACCAGGUGGGGAGCACCAGCGCAAUUUUGGACCACCAGAAGAACCAGGUGGGUUAUCUUUCUCUUCGGAUGAUGACGAGGAGCCGGUUGCGACUCCGCGAUCGGCGGCGGAGGGAGGUUUUCUUUUUCAACGAGGUCAGCCCUUAUUUUCGGCCGCAUCGUCCGAAGAUGCCGCGUCUUCACGCAGUAGUCGAUCGGGAGGUCGACGUGGGCGCCCAAACAGGACCACUAGGUCGUCAAAAACUUCGGCUUCUUCCGCGGCCUCGGGCAGCAGCGCCGCCUCGGGGAGCGUGCGGGGUGCCGCCGAGGCGGCAGAGGAGGCGCUGGUCGACUUGCGAGGGGUAUCAGAGAGACUUGGCGUCCAGGCAGAGUUGGCGGAGACCAUCGACGCAUUCACGGCGAAGGCCCCACGCUUCCGUCGCGGGGUCACGGAGGUGCCGCCUGAAAUGGAGGAGCAACACUUCGUACGGGAGUACUACGUGCACAACGUGCUGACGAAAUUUGUCUCCGAGCUAAUGGACCUGCUGACCGCCGACCGGGUGCGAAUGCCACUGCGCGCGGUGCUGGAAGACGUUGCGAAAGAGGGUGUAGCGGCCGCGGCACAGGAACAACUGGAGCUCCGAAAGCGGAGGGAAGCUGUUGCGCUGAGAAAGAACUCCAAAAGAAGCACACGCGGUUGUACUUCUACCAGGGGCAACAUGCUGCAACAUGGACGCAACAAAGCAAAAGGAGCUGCGCGGUCUUCCUCGAAAGCGUCCUCGAGCAAAAGCUCGGAACGACGAGGAAGAACCACCAAAGGCUCUGCGUCUUCCGGAUCAGGGACAGCGGCGGCUUCUGCCGAGCCAAUUUCCUCGCCGCAGUCUGGUGCGGAGGAGCAGCAAGAACAGGAGAAGAAACUGUCGGAGUUGGCGGAUGAGCUAGAGCGCUUUGUGGUCCAGCAGUAUAUCAUGAACUCCGUCGCGAUUGUGGUCCACCGGAUGACGCAGGGCCUGCUUCGGAUCCAAUCACUUUCUGUGGAAGAAAAUUUUGAUGCGGAUCAUGGCGAACCCGUUCCCUCUCUCUUUGCGGAACACUAUCCGCAGCAAGCGCAAGCCGCGACAAUCGCACGCAGACCGUACCUGGUGACCAAGGUGGGGCGGGAUGCCGGGGCCCGGGAGAGGGUGGAUGAGGUACUGCAGACUGUAUAUGACAUCAAUAAUCCUGGGGACCAGCCCCGCUUCGAGCGCCUGCAGAAUCACAUCUGGUUGCUGGACUUUUUCUUUCACCACAUUCUUGAGUACGAUCUAGACACGGAGGACAUCGGGCUGGUCAGCGCCGGUGGCUACGAUUACAUGGGCGAUUACUACGGCGAGGACUCCGAUACGGAGUCCACUCUGAGCUCGGACAUCUUCAGCCCUGCUCCGACGUCGCCGAAUAGUGAUAGACGAAGAGCCAAGCGAGCCUUGUUUGUGGACCUGGACAGGAUUGCGCUGGAGCGGGAAUUCGAGGGUCUGAAACGGCUCGAGCAGACGAGUGAGAAGCGAGCCGCGCGGCGUCGCCGAAACACCGCUCCGGAGGAGGAAGAGCAGGCGCGACUUCGCGGCAACGUCGAUUCCGUCGUCGCGGCCUCGCUGGAGCGCCGUCGAUUCGACCGCGAAACGCGCGUGUUGCGUAAGGGCGCGCUUUUCGGGUGCUUGUUGGGCGCUUUGCAGAUCGACGGUGAACAGUUUCAGCACCUGUACGAAGGCCGCGUCGGCGAUCCCCCCGGGUUUCGCAGGGAGAGCCUGAGCCGAGUUUUAGGUCGGGCAUUGAAGAAUUUCUUGUCCGGGGUCGACCCUUUUACGACCCCAAACAUGCCGAACUCCGAGCGCAAUAUGCGCCGGGCGCGGGUGAGCUUUUUUCUCGCCAGUUACCAUCUUGAAGCCUUUUCUGCCGCCAAUGCAAUCGACCUGUACCCGGAUGCCUGGCGCUCGGAGGAUGUCCGUCUAGACGCGCUGCUGACGGACAUGCUCGACGGGUUGUAUAAGAUGCAACAAAGUGCGGCGCCGGAACGCGUGCAGUGGCUAUCUUCACACUGGGCGCAGCUGCAAGCUCGUCUCCUGGAGAACAUCGGUGAUGAUGCAAGAAGAGUACUACAAGAUCCACAAGUUUUCUCUCCUGCGCGACCGUUUGCAGCCGCGAUAGGAUCUUCGAGCCCUGCAGCGCCACCUCCCGCCCCAGAAGUGUACACGCAGAACCAGCUUUCGCUCCAAACGCUGGCGUCGUCGGCGCUAGCAGGGACCUGGCAGACUGCAUUGUUGAAGGACUACUCCGACUACUUGGCGUACUACGAGUACCGGCUGCACGCGUUCGCCAUGGCACAAAUCGAGCUUCCCCCGGCCGAGUUGCUUCGCCAGAACUUGCACAACUGGCGGUCGUACGUGCGUCUCGGUGUUUUUUUCUUUUCAUCAUUGUGGCAGUGAGGCUGAAUUUUUUACUUUUUCGCGAAGCGAAGUUUCGAACCCGAAACCCUAAACCGUUCGCUUCCGUGGUUUGCCCAGAGACACAGUGGCAGUUCUUUCUCCGUCUCCUAUGUUGAGGAUGACGUGAGGACACUUGUGCAACUGGAGAAAAAUGAUGCUGGUCCAGAUGCUGGUCCAAACGUACAGAAUCUGAGCACUUUAUCGCUGAUUUGUGUAGUAGAGUGUGCCUAGAAAGUGAUAAACGUAGAAGACGACUCAUACGACGCCAGCUUUCGGGUAGCUCCUCUUUGCCGAUUGCGCGCUCCCGUCGCGACGC